AUGUGCUCCUCCAUGGCCGACCCAGCGGACGCCGCCACAGCACCGGCGAACGACGACGACGUCGACGAUCUCUACGCCGACCUCGACGACCAGGUGACCGCCGCGCUGGCCGCGGCUGGGGAGAGCGGCGGCUCCAACGCCAAGGACUCCGACCCGGCCACCGACGCCGAGGCCGACGCCGACGCCAUCGAGGCUGUGGAUUUGGGGGACGGGCUCGCGGGCUACAGCAGCAGCGACGAGGAGAGUGAGGAUGACCUCCACAUCGUGCUCAACGAGGACGGCUGCGCGCCGCCGCCUCCUUCUGCCGGCCGGUGCGAGGAGGGGUGGGCGGAGGAGAGCGAGGAGGGGGAGCUUCGGGCCAGCCUCUUGAAGAGUCUAUCUGCUAAGGACGGCGGACAGCGCAAGCUUCACGGCCUCCACUACAAGGGACCUCUUGACAAAACAACAGUGGCAAUCACAGGACAAGGUGAUCUAGGUCACCAGCAUGCGUUUCAGAAGGAUUAUUAUUUUUUCUUGCCAAGAAACAGGACGGUUUUCGACAUAAACAUUGAAGCAUUUCAGCAGAAGCCUUGGAGACAGCAUGGUAUAGAUCUUACUGAUUACUUCAAUUUUGGUCUGGAUGAAGAAGGUUGGAGAAAAUAUUGUUUUGGCAUGAAACAGUUCACACAGGGAGCCAGAUCACUUGCAGAAAAAUCGUCAGGAAUGGAUCAGGAAUCACAUCACAAUCUUGAAUCUAGUAAGCUAAUGCCAAAGUCAGCAAUUUAUUCUGGAUUUGAAGGAAGUAAUGACGUUGCCAAGCCAAAGGGUAGAGCUAUCGAUGUUCAAGGUGGUCUGUUUGAACGUCUUCCGUCAGCAGAUAUGUGGCGUCCAAGAGAAAGGGAUUCUGAUGUUGUGAUACAAGUAAACAUGAUGCUUUCGCCUUCAAAUCACUCCACUUCUGAUGACAGCUCAACAGUAAAUGACAAGUGCAUGACUACUGAAAGUGAAUGCAGAGUAUUGGUUAACGAUCCCGGCGUCAAAUGUUUGAAAGACACUAACCAUCUGGUGGACAAGGUUGUUCCUAAGGAAGUGCUUAAUGGAGGUUCCUCAGAGUGUACUGGGAGCAAAUUGGAUACCAGAGAUUCAGCUUCUACAAGGGACCAUUUUUCUAGUCCUCGUUAUUCUGACAUGCUUUCUGAAGAAUCAACAGAAGAUUGCUACUUUAAGAGAGCUAAUAGAUAUCCAAAUUCCAAGGCUACUUGUUCAGACACCAAGCUUAAGAAUGUGUAUGCCAAGUCUGAUUUUUGCCGCCAUUCGAGUAAAUCAGACCAAGAAAGUGCCAAGGGUGACAGUCAUAGCUAUACCCCCUCUCCUGCUGAUGAUAGAUAUGACAAGACAGAUGAACCUGAUUUCAUGUCCAGUGGCGUAUUUAUGAAUCGUCAAAGUGAUCACCGUCUCCUUAAAUAUGGGCAUCAAGAAAGAAAAGAACAGAAGCGGAAAGGUUCAGCUUAUGUAAGGCAUGAUGCGUUUGAGAAGGAAGAAAAAAUAGCAUAUAGCUAUGCUAGCAGGUAUGAUAGAAAGCAUGAAGAGAAAAGAUCUAGCUCCACUUUCCUUGGUAAUGAUUGCCGCAAUGCUGUUCACAAUCAGGUUUAUGAAAGACGUGAUUAUUCACCUGCUGAAAGAGCAGCUUUGAGAAAUGGCGUGCAUCGCUUUAGUACCAUCUCUAACCAUCAUCACGACCGUUUUUCUAGGCAUGAAUUCAAUGAUGACCAAGAUGAUCUGCAGAGGCUCUCAUUAGCCAAAGGGUGGCAGCGACGCCAUGAUCACGGAUAUGGAUACAAGUCAGUGCAAAAGGCUGAGCUUUUUGAUGACAUUGAUAGGCACAUGUAUAGAGAAAGUUAUUACCAGGAAACUAGAAGAGUCCGACAUGGCCAUGAUGAGGAUGAUGAACUAUUCGAUUACAAUGACUACCGAUUUGGUGAGUUCUGUGGACCUGAGGUUAGACGAAAGUAUCAAAGCAGAAGAUCUGCAGAAAGCAGUGAUGAACAUUGGAGACAUCCUUACCACUUCGUUUCGCCUCCUCGGGCAAAUGACUACCCCAAGAAUCCUGAGAGAAACUGGCCUUCUCCUGGUUUAACUUCCUUGAGCUCAAGAAACAGUCGAAAUGCCAAAUUCAUGCAAUAUCAUCAUGAUGAAUACUAUCAAAAUAACAAGCACCAUAAUUCUUCAGCUCACAUUGACAACAUUCAACAAUCUGUUUCAUUCACUGCUGCCCCCUGUGAGACUGGUUAUGGUAUUCUUCCAGUCAAGAGGAAGCUCCAUGCUGGUCUGGGUUCGAUGAGCCGUAAAGAUCUUCUCGGCAUAGCAAUUUCAAAAGGGAGAAGACUGAAGCAUGACCAAUUCAUGAUCAGUGAUAGGAAGCUUUAUGCUGUGGAGAUGCACAAUUCUCCAAAGGAAACUGUUAGAGAAGCCAUUUAUAGUUUCAGUGAUAUGAGAGAUAGUAAUACUAUUUCAAACAUUCACGAUGAAAGAAGGCAUGAGCACAUGAAUAUUCAGCCCAAGGACACAGCUAGCAUCCGCUUGAAUGAUAGGAAAAGAAAGUUUAAGCUCCAAGGCAAUGAGAUAAGGCGAGUUGAAAGUGACAAUGAGGGAUGUCUUCCUGCAGACAAGAAUUUGCACAGUUCCAAACACAAGGAUGUACAUCAGAAAGCACAGAAGGUGAAACUGAAUAGAAGUUACUAUCAGUCAGUCUGCCAGGGCUUGGAGAAAACAACAAACCAAAGACGCCAAACUACCAAGGAAGAAGAUGAGAUUGAGGAGGGAGAAGUGAUUGAAGAGGACCAUCAGGAAACUGCUCCAAACAGAAAACCUAACAAGCCAAGAAACACAGCAUUGAAAUCAGUGAUUGAAGCAAGCUCAGGCGGUCAGUUAGAGAUGAUUAAUGCAACCUCAAAAGAUAUUUGCGACAAUGGAGCUACAAGGGAAUGCGACGAGAAACACAUACUUAAGGUAAUGGAAAAGAUGCAGAAGAGAAGGGAGAGGUUCAAAGAAGCUGUUACUGUUACCCAAAAGGAGCAAGACAAUGGCAAGGAUGAACUGUUAGCAGUUGCGUGUGGUGCGGACGAUGUCAAGAAUCAGCGACCUGCAAGGAAACGUCGUUGGGGCGGCAAUGGUUAG